UGACGCUGCCACGUUACGCCACACAACCAUUCUCAGGCUUUUUUUUAACCACAAAUCCACACAAAAUUAAGAAAAUCGAAAAAUAUGAUACUCACUAUUGCCUGUGUAGAUCGCUCAACACCAAAAUGCACUUAAGAACAGUAAAUUGUUUUGAGUUUUUAUUCUUCACUCACCAGCACAGAAAAACCACCUUUCCCACUCGAACGUUGAAUAAAAGCAUAGACAGACGGCAGCGUUGAUCCGGAUUAAUUGCACACUUAAUCUGAUCCAAAUUUUACCCUAACGGACGGCAACAUUGCGGAUUAAGUAAACAGCUGAUUUAGUGGUUUUAUUAUUUUGAGAGUUCUUCAAGUUAAAAUGGACAGAAGACGACAAAUAAAAUUGGCGACUGCGUUGUUGAUAAAAAACGAUUAUUUAUUAAAAAAAAAAGAUUACAUUACUUUUGCUGAAACUUCUCCAAAACAUAAAAAUAUUCAAUGAAGCAAAGGUAGUGAUGCAAACUAGUACUGCAUUCGCUCAUUCUGAGAUAAGAUCAAGGCCAGUUUGGAAGUUUGACCGUAAUGGCACUUUUUGGGAGUUUGAUGUGUUCAGAAUGGAUGACCACCGAUUCAAGGAAAACUUUCGGCUCAACAAAAGUGCGUUUCAAAAAGUGUGCGAGAAGGUUCAAAGAAUCGAGAAGAUGGACACCAACAUGAGACUUUGCAUCCCUCUUCAUAAGAGGGUGGCCAUUGCAUUAUUUGCACUAGGCUCGUCAGCGGAAUACCGGACCGUUGCCAGCUUAUUCGGUGUAGGACGCAGCACAGUUGUAGAAAUUGUUCUAUAUUUUUGUAACGCAGUUUGUGACAAUUUAUUGGACUGCAUCAAUUCCUAUCCGCCACAUCCCGAAGAACUGAAGAAAAUUGUGCAUGGGUUCGGACAACUGGGAUUUCCCCAAUGUUUUGGUGCUAUAGAUGGCUGUCAUAUAGAGGUUCAGCCAAAAAAAGAGGACGCAAUCGACUAUUAUAAUUAUAAGGGCUGGUAUUCAGUAAAUUUAUUUGCAAGUUGUGAUUAUAGAUCGAAAUUUACCGAUAUACAUGUCGGAUCAAGUGGAAGAAACAAUGAUUCAUACAUUUUCGAAAGCAGUUCUUUAAAAAGUUACCACGAGAACGCUGAUAUUUUUCAACAGAAUAGCAAACGUAUUGGAGGCAUGGAUGUUCCCCUGCUACUUAUUGGCGACUCAGCCUUUCGUUUAUCGCGCUAUUUGAUGAAACCUUUUCCAUUUCACCGAAUCAGCCAGUUGUGGAAAAAACGUUUAACUACCGGUUAUUCCGAUGUCCGCGCGUAAUAGAAAACGCGUUUGGUCAACUUAAAGCUCGAUUUCGUAAAAUAGGACGAGGUUUACAAGUAGCGCCAAAAAACGUUAAUACUAUUAUCCGUACACGUUGUCUUUUUUCAUAACUUUCUAAAAGUGGAAAAUGAUGCAAUUCCUUCUACGUGGAUGCAAGAUGAUGCAGAUAACACAAUUUCGUUUAUCGCGCUAUUUGAUGAAACCUUUUCCAUUUCACCGAAUCAGCCAGUUGUGGAAAAAACGUUUAACUACCGGUUAUUCCGAUGUCGGCGCGUAAUAGAAAACGCGUUUGGUCAACUUAAAGCUCGAUUUCGUAAAAUAGGACGAGGUUUACAAGUAGCGCCAAAAAACGUUAAUACUAUUAUCCGUACACGUUGUCUUUUUUCAUAACUUUCUAAAAGUGGAAAAUGAUGCAAUUCCUUCUACGUGGAUGCAAGAUGAUGCAGAUAACACAAUUUCGUUUAUCGCGCUAUUUGAUGAAACCUUUUCCAUUUCACCGAAUCAGCCAGUUGUGGAAAAAACGUUUAACUACCGGUUAUUCCGAUGUCCGCGCGUAAUAGAAAACGCGUUUGGUCAACUUAAAGCUCGAUUUCGUAAAAUAGGACGAGGUUUACAAGUAGCGCCAAAAAACGUUAAUACUAUUAUCCAUACAUGUUGUCUUUUUUCAUAACUUUCUAAAAGUGGAAAAUGAUGCAAUUCCUUCUACGUGGAUGCAAGAUGAUGCAGAUAACACAAUUGCCCAAAGACAACCCAACCAUAUUUCAAGAGUUGGCGAAAAUGACAUAUCAGCACCUGCUAUUAGGAACGCAAUAGCUUUGAGCUUUCUUGCCGACAUGUCAAGUGGUGACAACGGAGACUGCAAUGCCCCUGGUGUUACCGCAGUGGAGGAGAGUGGAGGUGGCGACAACGGAGACCGCGAUGGCCCUGCUGCUGCAGACUGGAUGGGUGGGGUUUAGUACCGCUCACAACUAUUUCGGGCUAUUCCGUCCAAAUGGGUGGCCCGAUCCAAAAAAAAUUUCACACACUUGUAGUCAAGGGUCCACGCAAUAUUUUAACACUCACUUUUGUAAAUUUUGGUCACUAAUUUAUUUACAAAUUGGGUUUGAAAUAUGCCCUUUUUUGUAAAAUUCGGAAAUUAGCGUACAUUUAUCACUCCUAUUCUGCUUAAAUUAGCCACUUCACCAAUAUAUUUUUGUAUUCCCCUUCACUUUACACUUUACUUGAUUUGUUAUAACUUGCUUUACGACUUUUAUAUUAACCAAUUCAUCACAAUUCAUUAAAUAAAAACACCUUCAAAAUCA